AUGCCUGCCGCGGUGAACCCACGCAGCGAACUGGCUUAUCUUCUUAAUCACAUAGUCAAUUCUUCUUCGGACACGGACUACCUAGACCAGCUCAUUCCCUCGAUCCGAGAAUAUAGCCAUGGCAACCGAACCUCCCAACUUCUACAGUCUCUCACUAAGUUCGCGAAUGAUCGCGAGUCGCAGAUUGAGGGUAUCUGUACAUCUACGCAUCAAGAAUUCGUAACGUCGAUUAAUAAAUUGUUGAAUAUCCGCGAAGGUACGGUUAAUCUGACGUCAGAAAUAUUGGACCUCAAUCAGUCUAUACAAGCGAGUACAAAGAAGCUAGCGGAACAAAAGAAGGCUCUGGUUGAAUCCCGGAGCCAUAGACAGAAUAUCGAUGAGACCUCCAAAGCAUUACAAGAUUGCCUUGAGGUUCUACUUCUAGCAAAUCAGGUAUAUGAUUUGCUUGCCAAGAAGAACCACUACGCCGCACUGCGGGCCCUUGAUGAGCUCCAAAAUGUCCAUUUAAAGGGAAUCACUCAAUAUAAGAUCGCAGAAGUUAUCCAACGCUCCGUUCCCAUUACUCAAAAAGCAAUUGCGGACGCUGUAAUGGCUGAUCUUAACACUUGGCUGUAUCGUAUCAGAGAAGUUUCUCAGUAUCUUGGGGAAAUUUCCCUCUACCAUACCGACCUACGUCGAGCAAGAUUACAGGAGCGCGCUCAAAACAUACCGUACCUUGAACAUUUCAAGCUGAACUCUGCCAUUGAAUUGAUAUCCGACGAAAACGAAGAAUUUGACCUAUUACAGAACGAUGACCUUCAAGUGGACUUCACCCCUUUGUUUGAGUGUUUACAUAUCCACCAGUCUUUGGGGCAAAUGGAUAGAUUUCGCGUCGAAUAUGCAACGACGAGGCGACGACAGAAGGAACUAUUAUUGCCUCCCUCGAUUGACUUGCUGGCUGAAGAGGGCGCCUGUCUUCAUACUCUUCUCGAAGAGAUUGCGGGCUUUGCUAUUGUUGAACGAACGACAAUGAAAAGAAUACCAGAUCUUAGGUCACCAGUUGACGUGGACGAACUUUGGGAUUCCAUGUGUCAGACUGCCGUUGGCUUAAUGAAAAAGGGACUCCCAGCAGUAGAUAACGCGGAAAGCUUGCUCAAAACUAAAAAUCUAGUUGCCUUAUUCAUGCAAACGAUGGAUACCUGGGGGUUCCCAGUCGACGCGUUUGAUCGAUUCCUUUUGCUACUCUUUGAGAACUACUCCGAUCUUUUGAAGAGGAGGUUUAGCGAUGAUUUUCAAGAGAUUGUUCAAUCCGAUGAUUACAUGCCAAUGGCGAUACAAAAUAAAGAAGAGUACGACAAAGUCCUCAAUGUAAGCUGGUAUACUCCAGAGAAACCUAGGGAAGAACAAAUCUUCCCCUGUGUUUUGCCUUUCUCUCAGAUGUAUCCCCUCUGUUGCAUUGAUAUCCGGAACUUUUUGAAUCAGUUCUAUUUUUUUUCGAAUGACGACUUCCAACAUCCAAGCAUUAUUGAUGAGACCCUAAAAAGCGCAUUGGACGAAUUACUUUCCGAUAAAGUCUGCGAAACCCUUGUCGAGCGUCUCAACGCUCAAUAUCUAGGCCAGAUCGUUCAAAUUCUCAUUAAUCUUGAGUAUUUUGAAAUCGCAUGUCAGGAACUCGAGCUUCUUCUCGCAGCAGCUCGGUCACCUUCCACCGGAGACGGGCCAGUGGCCCUUGGAGCUACGGAUAAGUUCAGAAACAAUAAAAAAGUCGCCGAAAAGCGAAUUUUCGAACUGGUUAACUCUAAAAUCGAUGAUCUUAUCGAAACUGCCGAAUAUGAUUGGAAUGCACCCAAACUGCAAAUGGAGCCCAGUAAUUAUAUGCAGACCUUGACCCGAUUUUUAUCCAAUAUUAUGAACUCCACAUUACUUGGUCUGCCCACGGAGAUUAAGGAGCUAAUCUAUUUUGAUGCUUUGAGCCAUGCUGCAAACAUGGUUUUAGCCCUACCUCUUUCACCGGAUGUUAAGAAAAUUAACCCCAACGGCGUUGCAGCACUAGCUCGUGAUGCGGAUUACCUCACGAAAUUUGUAGAAGGCCUAGGCGUGCCUAUUCUUCUCGAGAAUCUCGACGAAUUACAGCAGACGGUGCAAUUAUUGAUGUCCGAUAACACGGAAGAAUUCUACGAUAUUUCAAUUCGAAAUAAGAAAUAUGGCCGUGUGGAUGCUAUGAAUGGUCCAGUCUUGAUAGAGAAACUCACCAAAACCGUACAAAGCGCACCCGCAAAAACAGACAAAUUCGGCUCCUUGUCGAGUAGAUUUGGAAUGAAAUGA